GAGUCACAGGGGCAGAGGAUAAGGAGGUCGGGGCUCGGAAUGGCGGCGUGGGCGCCGCUUCGGCUGCUGAUCGCCUUCGCGGCGGCGUCCGCCGUUCUCCGGCAGGCGGCGGCGACCGAAGCCGGCGGAUUCUACCGCCCGGAGGCGGGGGCCGACUACUACGCAGCGGCGCCGGACCGAGCCGACGCGGACGACGUUCCGCCGCCGCCGCCGCCAGGCAGCGCCCUCGCGAUGCGCGGUCGCCUCGCCAGGGAGGGCGCCGGCCGCCCGAGGGCGCCACCCAUGGCGGCCGUGCAGCCGCGGUGCCGGGAAGACGCCUACCUCGAGCUGCGCUCCAUGUGCGAACGCAACCUGGACGAGAUCAUGCGCCUCUACACGAAGGGCGACCACGCGCAGUCCUGCCAGCGUCUGCACCAGUACACGUCGUGCGUGGGCAAGGCACUGAACCGCACCCGUUGCCACCGGCUGGCUGACCUGGCGAUGCGCGAGCGUCAGAGGAUGCGCUCCAACGUGAACGACUACAACUGGAGCUGCUCCACCAGCAGCAGCCGCCAAGAGUACGCGGGUGGCGCCGGAGGAAACUGCGACGGAAAGGAGCUCAUCAACCACCACAUGAGGUGCGGAUCCACGUUCCAGAACUUCGUCGGAUCCAUCAACGUGUACAAGGAGCAGGCGAAGGCGUGCCGAGCAGUACGCGACUACAAGGACUGCGUGAAGCCCAUCUUCCAGAACGAGGACUGCCACGGAAACCAGGAGCUGAUGGACCGGCUGCUGCGGUUCUCGCACACCGUGCUCAAGGAGUACAGCUCGGCCUGCUCGGAGCUGCAGCAGCGCAGAGGGGGAGGGGGAGGAGAGUACCAGGAUGCUCCUGGAGGAGGCGGAGGCGGCAUCGGCUACGACGACGAUGACGGUGGCGUGGGCACCGGGUUCUGCCGCUUUGAGCAGCUGCGCCAGAAGACGCUUCAAUGUCAGCGCGAAGGCUACAGCGUCAUACGAACCCGGGACGCGCACGCAAAGGCCGACAUAUGCGAGGAGCUCAAGGUCUUCAAGGACUGCGCCGUGGCCGCGCUGAAGGCGACUCACUGCAGCAAGGAGAAGAACGCGCGCCAGCACGUGAUCGGCGCCGUGCGCGAGUCCUUCCAGCGGUUCGGCAUCGAAUGCACGGGACUGUGGAACGCCGCCGCCUCGACGCACUCGGCCGCCACGCCCGGCGCGGCGGCGCGAGCCCUGCUCGCCGUGUCGCUCACGCUGGCGCUGCUCGGGCGGGCGCCGCCGUAGCGAGCGAAAUUACACGCCGCGUCGCCAGAUGGCUGCAAC